GUCGGCAGCAGCUGCGUGAGCGUCUCAGCUACGACAACAUCCGAUUCAUUCCAUCUUAAGGCCGCUAAAGAAAUCGCGAAUAUUACCGUACUUAACUGACGAAGCAGCUACCUAUGUCGAAGGCACGCAAGUUCGUCAUUGCAAGGCUCUUCAAAGGAGAGCCGAAAGUUGACGACUUCAGUAUCGAGAAAGAAGAACUGCCAUCAUUGAAGAAUGGCCAGAUACUGUGCGAGGCGGAGUACAUCAGCGUCGACCCCUACCAGAGGGCGUACACGCAAUGGCACAAGGUUGGGGCUACCAUGAUCGGAUCACAGGUGGCGCGCAUCGUCGAGAGCCGUUCGCCAGAGUACCCGGUUGGACGUCACGUGGUCGCAUCAUUAGGAUGGCGUGACCAAACAGUGAUCAGCGUGGCGCCGACGGAUGACGACACCCUGCCGCCGGUUCUGGUGCCUGACCUUGGAGACCUGCCACGGUCGCUGGCGCUGGGAGUAUUGGGCGUGACGGGAGCCACCGCCUACUUCGGACUGCUCGACAUCUGCGACCCCAAGCCUGGGGAGGUGGUGGUCGUCAGUGGCGCGGCGGGUGCCGUGGGCUCCAUAGUCGGGCAGAUAGCGCGCAUCAAGGGCUGCAAGGUCAUCGGCAUUGCGGGCUCCGACGUAAAGGUGUCGCGGAUAGUGGAGAGCCGGUCACCGGACUACCCAGUAGGACGCCAUGUCGUCGGCUACUGGGACUGGUGCGACCGCACCGUGGUGAACCCAACAGCGAAGGCUGGAGAAAUUCUGCCACCGAUGCUGGUGCAGAACUACGGAGACCUGCCGCUGUCUCUGUCGCUGGGAGUGUUGGGCAUGCCUGGAGCUACAGCCUACUUCGGACUGCUGGACAUCUGCGACCCUAAGCCUGGAGAGACGGUGGUCGUCAGUGGCGCGGCCGGCGCUGUAGGCUCCAUAGUCGGGCAGAUAGCGCGCAUCAAGGGCUGCAAGGUCAUCGGCAUAACAGGCUCUGACGUAAAGGUUAAGUGGCUGAAGGAGGAGUUAGGUUUCGACCACGCCAUCAACUACAAGACGGUGAACGUUGAGAAGGCUUUGAAGGAGGCUGUCCCAGAUGGCGCGGACGUCUACUUCGACAACGUGGGAGGGGAGCAGAGCAGUGCGGUGAUCGCCAACAUGAAGCACCGCGGCCGCAUCUCCGUGUGCGGCUGCAUCUCGUCCUACAACGAGUCGAAGGUGCCGCUGGCGCCCGUCAUACAGAUGUACAUGGUGGGAAAGGAGCUCAAGAUGGAGGGGUUCUUCGUGGGGCGCUGGUUGGACAGCUGGGACCAGGCGUUCAAGGAGAUGGCGCAGUGGAUCAAAGAGGGCAAACUCAAGUACAAGGAGACCGUCACGGAAGGCUUCCAGAACACGCCGAAAGCUUUCAUUGGCAUGCUCAGGGGUGAGAACUUGGGCAAAGCGAUUGUCAAAGUGUGAGUUGAUUUUCACGCGUGAUAAAUGCUCCUCGCUCCACUGAAGAUAUGAAGGAUUCUGGUGAUUCAACGAGGUAAAAUAGUACAUGUUAAAUCAUCAGUACAAAGAAUAGCAUUUGCCGAACAUG